UCCCAGACCCUCCCUCCAUGCCUGGCCCAGCUCAAUGGUUCCUGCCAGUAGUAAUGUGACAGUGCGAUGCUCCACUCCUACCCAGAAGGUCAACUUCGGGGACGUCAAGUUUGCUCUCAAAGGGGGAAGAAAUGCCAUGGAGUCUUCGCCAUCUUCUGAUUCCCCAGGGGGCCUGGUGGAAUUUCACCUCAGUGGUGUAAAAGCCAGUGACGCUGGAGAGUACACCUGUGAAUACUACAGAAAAGGGAGCCCCACCAUAAGGUCACCGCCCAGUGACGUCCUUCUACUACUGGUGACAGGAAAUUUCCCUAAACCUUCGCUUAAAGCCCACCAAAGGGGUGAGGUGACUGCAGGAGAAAACGUGAUUCUGCAGUGCCAGCAGCCCAGGCAUAUGACACAGCCUCACAUGUUUGCUCUACUGAAGAAAGGAACGUCAACACCCAUAAAGGUCCAGAGUGCAGUAGGAACGGAGACAGACUUCUCCCUGCCAAGUGUGACAGGCAGUGACACUGGGGCCUACAGCUGUGUGUACUACCAAACAAGGGCUCCUUUCUGGGCCUCAGAGCCCAGUGAUCACCUCAUGAUCUCGGUGACAGUCUUCCCAUUUGGUCGGUGA